AUUGACGUGAUGGAACUGAGUACAGUGAGUGCUCUAGCCGAGGCUCGUCACACGGCGUACAUCAGGGGGCGCUGGGUGUACUCCGACAUAGACGGCGAACUGCAGUACAAGGUCGUCGAACCGACCCUGCCUAGCAACGGCGACUAUACGCCGUGUUUUGCGUGGGUUUCAGAGAGCAAAUCCACGGCAAGGAGCCCGGACUCGGAGACGAAUCAGCGGAAUCCAGCAUACACGAUAACCGCGGGCCUGUCUAAUACAAGCCAGUUUGUAUCCAUCCUCACCUUCUAUCUGGACGUGAUUCUGCCGAGGAAACAGAGCUAUAGUGAGUUCUGCACGGCCGAGCUGAGCGAGCGUGCGUUCGCUCGCGCUGUGUCCAAGCUCAACGUCAACGUGCUGCAACUGUGCUUCACGCAGCACGUGAAUCCCGACCUUCUGCACGGACAGCAGACGAUCAGGAACCUGCUGCUCUGCCUCAACGAAGAGACGAGCGAUCUCGGAAGGUCGGGUCCGUUCGAGGUUGGCCUCGAGAUUGUGCAAUUCGUCGACGACGUCAGCUGGGAGGAGCUUAGCGCGGCAACGGACAGCGACGGCGGCGGUGACGACGACGACGACGACGAUGACGACCUCGCGGGCGACUGGGAGACGGUCGUCGACACGAACGUGCCGUGCGCGGCCGAGCCGUCGUCCGUGGCGACGCGCGGCGCCGGCGGCGGUGAGAGCUCGAUGGCGAGCGUGCGCUCGACGACGACCCGACCCGACCUGCACGCGCACGCGACCCCGAGCAUCGCCGGCGGGCUCGUGUCGACGGCGGCGGCGUCGGUCGCGUCGCUGUGGCGCUGGCGCACGAGCACGGUGGUGCGCAAGUCCUGA